AGUGGGGCUGUCGGAGCGGCGCGGCCCUGUAGCUCCCGGGAACUGGCUGUCGUGGGGGUGGCGGGGACGCGAGUGGCGGCUGCGUGGGGUGCAGGGCGGGUGGCCGCACGGCUGCACCUUCCUCGCAGAGCCCGGAGUCGACUUGGAGCAAUUGCGGUAAGGCGACAGCCUCGGCGCACACCCGAGAAGAAGCGGCGGUGGCGGCGGUGGCGGCGGCCCCAGCCAUGCUGUGCUAUGUGACGAGGCCGGACGCGGUGCUGAUGGAGGUGGAGGUGGAGGCAAAAGCCAACGGCGAGGACUGUCUCAACCAGGUGUGCAGGCAUCUGGGGAUCAUAGAGGUUGAUUAUUUUGGGCUGCAGUUCACGGGGAGCAAAGGUGAGAGCUUAUGGCUGAAUCUGAGAAACCGGAUCUCCCAGCAGAUGGAUGGGCUGGCACCUUACCGGCUUAAACUGAGGGUCAAGUUCUUUGUGGAGCCGCAUCUCAUCUUACAGGAGCAGACAAGGCAUAUCUUUUUCUUGCACAUUAAAGAGUCCCUCUUGGCAGGCCACCUCCAGUGUUCCCCGGAGCAGGCUGUGGAACUGAGCGCCCUCCUGGCCCAGACCAAAUUCGGAGACUACAACCAGAACACCGCCCAAUACAGCUAUGAGGACCUGUGUGAGAAAGAGCUCUCCAGCUCCACUUUGAACAGCAUUGUUGCGAAGCAUAAGGAGCUGGAGGGCAUCAGCCAGGCCUCUGCGGAGUACCAGGUUCUGCAGAUCGUGUCAGCGAUGGAGAAUUAUGGCAUAGAGUGGCACGCCGUGAGGGACAGCGAAGGACAGAAACUCCUCAUUGGGGUCGGACCUGAAGGCAUCUCAAUCUGUAAAGACGACUUUAGCCCUAUUAACAGGAUAGCUUAUCCUGUGGUGCAGAUGGCCACCCAGUCAGGAAAGAAUGUCUACUUGACCGUCACCAAGGAGUCUGGCAACAGCAUCGUGCUCCUGUUUAAGAUGAUCAGCACCAGAGCAGCCAGUGGCCUCUACCGAGCCAUCACCGAGACGCAUGCGUUCUACAGGUGUGACACUGUUACCAGCGCCGUCAUGAUGCAGUACAGUCGCGACCUGAAGGGCCACUUGGCGUCUCUAUUUCUGAACGAAAACAUUAACCUUGGUAAGAAAUAUGUCUUCGACAUCAAGAGAACAUCCAAAGAGGUCUAUGACCACGCCAGGAGGGCUCUGUACAACGCGGGCGUUCUGGACCUUGUCUCUCGAAGUGACCAGAGCCCCCCCAGCUCACCUCUGAAGUCCUCCGACAGCAGCAUGAGCUGCGGCAGCUGUGAGGGCCUCAGCUGCCAGCAGACCCGGGUGCUGCAAGAGAAGCUGCGCAAGCUGAAGGAAGCCAUGCUGUGUAUGGCGUGCUGCGAGGAGGAGAUCAACUCCACCUUUUGCCCCUGUGGCCACACCGUGUGCUGCGAGAGCUGUGCAGCCCAGCUGCAGUCCUGUCCGGUCUGCAGAUCACGUGUGGAGCAUGUCCAGCACGUCUACCUGCCCACCCACACCAGUCUCCUCAAUCUGACUGUUAUCUGAUGCAUCCUGAGCUCUCUGGACAAGCCAUGUCCCCACAAGCUGCAGUAUUGUAAACUAUAAGAAUAAUAACUUUGUGAAGAGCUAUUUCACACUCAACGCCCAUCUGCCAUGAGACAUUUUCAGAAACAAGGAAGGAAAGAAAACAAGAAGGUGACCACACCUCUUCUGUCAGUAGAAGCAACAGGCCCCGUGGCUACCAGGAAGAACUCUGGGACACGGACACAUUCCUUGAACUUUGGGGUUGUGUUUUUUUUAAUGAUCAAGUAAAGGAGUAGAUAAAAUCGUCUUCGUCAGUCAAGUGGCAACAUGGCCCAGCCGUGGGCACCUUUUAGGAAGUGACGUCAUAUGUCUCCUUCACUUUUCCCCAGGCAGCAGAUUUUGUAAGUGUUUUAAGGGUUUCCUUGGUUCUUUUUGUAUGAUCAUAGAGCGCUGAACAUUUUUAAUAGGGAUUUUUUUUUUCUUAAAAAAAUAGUCCUCAUUACAAAAGUCAUUUCUGUCUUUAUAACUCAUUCAAGAACAACUGGAAAGCUGGCAGAUUGAAAAA